CCAGCUCAGCUGAUUCUGAUUGGGAUUCUUACUACUCUCUCUCUCUCUCUCUGUCUCUCUUCAUUACGAUACGUAAUAUACGUAUACGUAUUUGUAUACCCCUCUCUCUCACACACUCUUCUAUUCUGUUUUGGUUACCUUUUUGUGGGUUACGUUACCUUAUUUGCCGAUAUGACUGCUUUGACAUUGCUACGACGAUCAGUUACGGCGGUCAGCUACGACGGUUACGCCCACGUUUGCGUUACGAAUUGGCGGUUUCUGCCCCAGCUUCAAAGGUGCCAAUUGCAUUUGCACGUUAGUGGGCGACAUGCUGCUGUACUUUUGUCCAGCAAAACAACAGCAACAACAGCAACAUCAGCUGUUGCAGCUGCGCAGGCGCCAAAUGCGUAUGCUAAUGUUGGCGGCUUUUCCAUCACGUACCGCACCAUGUCCGCCGCUGCUCCGAAACUGGUGGCCGUUGCCGAGUCGCGUCGUUUCAUGAUCGACUGCUUCAAGGCGGUGAAGGUGCCCCAGGCCCAUGCCGAAGCCCAGGCGGAUCUCCUGGUGGCUGCGGACCAUCGGGGGCACUUCAGCCAUGGCAUGAACCGCCUUGAGAUGUACAUCAACGAUCUGGCCAUCAACUCCACGGACGGAGCGGCUGUGCCCAAGAUCCUAAAGGAAACUCCGGCCACCGCCUGGGUGGAUGGCCUGAAUGGACUUGGUGCCGUCGUGGGCAACUACUGCAUGGAUCUGGCCAUCAAGAAGGCCAAGACGGUGGGAGUUGGCUGGGUUUGUGCCAAGGGAUCGAACCACUAUGGCAUGGCUGGUUGGUAUGCCAUCAGGGCCAUGGAUCAGGGUCUGGUGGGCAUGUCCAUGACGAAUACCUCGCCGCUGAUGGCACCCACACGCGCCAAGGAGGCUGCUCUGGGCACCAAUCCCUUGUCCCUGGGUGCCAAUGCCACCAACGGUGAUAAGUUCCUGCUGGACAUGGCCACCACAGCCGUGGCCGUGGGAAAGAUCGAGAUCCAGCGCAGGAAGGGAGCUCCUCUGCCCGACGGAUGGGCUCAGGAUCCCAGUGGUGAAGUGACCAACGAUGCAGAGCUGGGUUUCAGCACUGGGUGCCUGAUGCCAUUAGGAGGAUCCGAGCUGACCUCCGGCUACAAGGGUUACGGCCUUGGCGCCAUGGUGGACAUUCUGUCGGGUGUCAUGUCCGGAGCCAACUACUCGACGCAGGUGAGGAAGUGGACACAUGCUGGCGCCGAUUCCGCAGCUGAUCUUGGCCAGGUCUUCAUCGCCGUGGAUCCCAACUGCUUUGCUCCCAACUUCGAGGAACGCAUGGCCGACUUCAACUCCCGCCUGCGAGGCGCUACUCCGACCGAUCCCAGCAAGCCCGUUUUGCUGGCUGGAGACAAGGAGAAGAAGGGAAUGGCUGACGUCGAUGCCGCCGGCGGUAUACAGUAUCUGGAGAAUCAGUUGAAGACGUGCGCCAACCUGGCGGAAAUACUGAAGAUUAAGCCCCUGAGCUUUGUUUAAACUCGAAAGAACUGGUGGACUUACACUAGGGAGUCAAGCAUACCCAUUGCCAUAUGUUGAAGACGCCUCUGCAUUUUGAUGGACCAAAGCACUACAGUAACACUUUACACUGAGAGAAAUAUUGAUAUUUGCAACAGUUAGAUUAGAUUGCACUGGUGCUGAACUAAAGCUAGUUACAUAUCUCCAUGUUGCACUUAAAACAUAUUUCUAGUCUCCUAAGAGUCUGUCGUUGCUCCUAUUAUUUAGUUUUUAACUACGCAAGCUUUCUUAUUAACUAAAAACAUGAGCUUCGGCAUUCUUUUAGGGAAUUAGCAAUAUUUAGUAGAGUAAAGACUUGCAGUUUGCAAAAUAAUAUACAUAAGUAGAAGUACAGCUAAAUUUCUGUUUAAAACAAAAACUAUCUGUUUUAAAAUAUAUUGAUUUUGGCACUUUGAGAUACCCAUGCUGUGUUCAGCAAUUUCAAAACUAUUAAAAUAAACAAUAUACUCUUCGAUAAUC